ACCACAAACAGGUUUCAAUCUGUCACCGAAACAUCCGACUGCAGGUAUCUGACGCCACGCCAUUUCCAACAAAGACACGCUUGCUGAAACAUGACAACAUUGUCUGCCAGCUCCCGCUUGAACAAGACUGUACGCCAGCAUUACAUGAGCCUUCCGCAGGGAGGCAAAUGUCAGGUGACUUACAUCUGGAUCAGCAAAAAUGGAGAGGACCUUCGUGGCAAAACCCGAACCCUGGAAACUGAACCAAAAAGUAUUGAUGAAAUUCCUGAAUGGAACUUUUGUACGGCACACAGAUUCUCGCAGGUCCAAAUGUCCUACAGCGAAAUGUUCCUCAUACCAGUGUGCAUGUUCAGAGAUCCAUUUACCCUUGACCCCAACAAACUGGUUCUCUGCGAAGUUCUCAACAACGAUCGCCUUCCUGCAGAAACAAACCAUCGAAUGGGUUGCAAGAAAGUGAUGGAUCAGGUCCAAGAGCACCAGAUCUGGUUUGGCAUGGAGCAGGAAUACACACUCUUAGGAAUGGAUAAAAAUCCGUUUGGUUGGCCUCAAUGGGGAUUCCCAGCACCCCAAGGUCACUACCACAGUGGGGUGGGGGCAGACAAAGCUAUUGGACGAGACAUUAUGGAGUGUCACUACAAGGCGUGCCUGUAUGCAGGAAUCAAAAUCUGUGGAACCAACUCUGAAACGAUGCCAUCCCAAUGGGAGUUCCAGGUGGGUCCCUGCGAGGGUAUUGAGAUGGGAGAUCAACUGUGGGUUGCACGCUUCUUGUUGCACCGUGUGUGUGAAGAUUUUGGGGUCCUUGCAACACUGGACCCCAAACCAGUGAAGGGAAACUGGAACGGUGCUGGUGGACACAUGAAUGUCAGCACCAAGCAGAUGAGGGAAGAAGGAGGACUGCAAUACAUCGAGCAGGCCAUUGAGAAGCUCAGCAAAAGACACAAGGAGCACAUUAAAGUGUAUGACCCACACGGAGGUCAGGAUAACAUGAGACGUCUCACAGGUGAAAAUGAGACCGCUAAUAUCAAUGAAUUCACUGCUGGAGUCGCCGACCGAGCUGUCAGCAUCCGCAUUCCUCUGAAGGUGAGCAAUGACAAGAAAGGCUACUUCGAAGACCGCCGCCCUGCUGCAAAUUGUGAUCCAUACCUUGUGACCAAAGCCAUAGCAAGCACCUGCCUGCUUGAAGAUGUGGAGCAAGUAAAAGACAAUUAGAUUAGAGGGCGAGUCUCAGCCUUUUGGGAAUGGUACUGGUACUGGUAUUGGUAUAGGUAAUGGUAAUGGUUUAGUUUAUUUCACAUGCAUACACGGUUACACUGAAAUACAUCUCAUGUUUACAGUUUCACAAUUCAACAUGUUUGAAAAGGAGUAGGAAGAAGCAGAGUUUAUUAGUCCUACCCUUUCUCAAUCUCACAGCAAUUACUAAUAAUUUGUUCACUUGUUGUGUUCAAUGUACAGUGGUGCCUUGGUUAACAUUGUUAAUCCGUUUCUGAAGGACCGGCUCAAACCAAAGCAGACUCUAACCAAACCUGUAGAAAUGAGUGUAAAACCAAUUAAUCCAUUCAAGACACCUAAAAAUGUUAACACAAAACAUGUUUUAAGAGACAAUAAUUAUAAUUACAUGCAGAAAAUGAUGCAAAAAUAAUUACAAAUGGCAAAUGAAUGGACCACUGAAUAUUUAACAUCACUUUUACCUAGUUUUUUUGGAAUAAAACCGACAAUAUCAAACUAAAUCUCAACGUCCUAGAACCAACAAAACAUGUACCUUGCCGUUUAAUAUAGAAAAUGAAGAAAAAAACAGUGAUGUCGCAGAAGUGCUUCGGCGAGAAUAAGUGUGCUAUGCUUGACUCACUGCCGCCAACAUGCUACCCUAAGUUGAUGCUUAUGUUUUGUUGUUGGAACCAGAAAUUAGUCUUAUGGACGUAAAAUGAGACAACACAGAGUGCCACCCUCGAUGCACCGCCGGGAAGAUAGACAGUUACACUGGAACCGGGGAUGUGUAUGCAUGUAGUGUGUGUGUGUGUGUGCACCACAGCCGAUGACGGAGCCAGCUCUGAGCCAUGCCUCUGAAAUGACAGCGGUCUUCUCUUUAAGCCGUAAAAUUCAGAGGUGUUGCACCCUUGUCUCGGCAUGAUCCAUCACCUUUCUGUUUUCCAUGUAUUUUGUUACGUUGUAUCUCUCUCCAGUGCAGCAAAUCAGAUAUAAUCAAACACUGUUGUACUAAAAUGCACCCGCGAUCAUGUGCAAGUAUCGCAAGAUUUCGUCUUCGGCGCGUGUUCCAAGAUGGUGGCGUAAACAAACCGGACUGUAUUUUGGAUGCUGAACAAGCGGGUGAACGCAAGCCAAGGCAAAAUUUUGGAUGUUCCCUGCUAUUCGCAGGCGUUAUGUUCCAAGACCACAUGCAAAUGCCCCCCCAAAAAAAGGAAUUGCUGGGUUGCAAAUGAUGUCACUUCCGGUUGAAGUCGUCAUGGGCUCAGGCAGACUGGGGUCAAACAAACGUAUUCAUACCCACACAUCAAGUGAAGUCAGAGUGGAAAAUGCUGCACCCAUGCGCUGCUCUAGCACGUGGGAAUCAUUCGAAUAGGGAUUUCGGAAAAAGUCCAAGAUAGUCCAUCAAGGGGAAAAAAGCAAUCAAGAAACAACCUUCUACUAGGGAUGCUCUGCUGCCGAUUCCAAUACCAAUCAUCCAUGAGUGAGAUCGGCCGAUACCGAUCACAUGGAUUAACUGUAAUUUUUUAAAUUACAGUGAGUGCUGUAGGCCAGGGCCGCCGUACAGAGGGGAAAAGAUAGGUGAAAAAAAAUAGGUGAUUAUUGAAAAAUAAAAAGGGGGGGGGCCAACGUGAUUUUUUUUUUCCAGAAUACCUAGCUGAACCCCAACUAUUGGUUAUAUGAUCUGAAAAAAGGAACCACAAAAUCAUCUUAAUUAAGACAAAAGCAUACCAGUGUUGAAUGUAGUCCGAUUCAGUUAUGAUGAUCAAUUCUUUUUCGGGUUAGUUGCCCACUGAUGAUGGCUAUGAUGGCUGUCAUUUCACUGACUGUUGCUGGGUGUUGAAAACUCACCAUACUCGGUCACGUGUUUGUUCUUCAAUUAGUUUGCUCUUCUUCUAUUAAACUAAAGCUUUUUAACGUGCUACCCCGACAAAAUAUUUCUUUUGGCAUGUGUUUCAGGAUGCAAACUUUACACUCUCACAAAUGGCAAACAAGUUUCAAGUGUGAAGGAAAGGGGCUGGGGGGGGUUCCCUACAGGCUGCAAUAGUACGAGCCACAGGUGAUUGGUUUUGGUGAUUGGCCUGGCAUUGAUCAGCAUAUGCCGAUCAUCUGCUAUUCCACGAAAAUCGGCCCGGUACUGAUCAGUGGCCGAUCGAUCGGAGCAUCCCUAGUGGCUACUGAACCUGUCUCUCUCAUUGAGUGGAGCUGAGUAUGAACAUGCUUGACCCACAACAGGAAGCAAAAUUUAUACUGCAAAAAAAUGAUCGUUAAAAGUUAAACAAAUAUACUGUAAAUAUGGAUCUUAAAACUGCUUGUGAAAAUGUGAAAUGUGGAAAGAAGUUCCUCACAACAGAAAACUAAAUUUGUCAUUUCUUCAUAAGGCUUCAUCUAAAUGCUCCAACGGUUUAGGUGUCCCAUUAUUCACUAAACACCAUCACAAUUGUAUGUGGGUUUGGUGGCUUUCUGGUGUUGGGGGCUCGGCCUGGCUGUGUGGGGAGGAGCUUGCUGGGUGGUGGGAGGCAGUCCCUCUCCUUUCACGCAUUCUCAGUGACAAUUACACGCUAACACAUUUGCGCACCUUUGAUAUACAUGAAGACUUGCACACAUACAGAGAUACCUGUACACACGUACAUAAGCACACUCACGGUACAUACGUACUUCCCCACAUUACUCACUGAGUUAACCAGGGUGUUAUUAUGUUGUUGGUUUUAUUACAGUGAUGGUGAUGUUGGCAAUAUGAUUAUAGUUUUUAAAAUGGUGUGCAUUACAGUUAUGGUCAUUCUGUUCACUAUCAUAGUUAAUAAUUUCAUUACUACUAAUAUGUAUGACUGUUUCAAUGCAGUAUUGUCAUUGUGGUUGUUGAUAUUAUUUUGUCCUUUCCGUCAGGGUCUUUAUAGUCAUCACAGACAUUUGCUGAUGUAGUCCUGUUUGUUUCUGUUGUUUUGUUAUUGUUGUCGCAAUAGUUGUUGCUACUGUUGUCCUUGUCUCUCUCUUUUUUGUCCCCCUAUUAUGCCCGCACUCUCCUCUCUGUUUUCUUUUCUCUUCUUCUCUAUCCCCUCCUGCUCCGGUCUGGCCGCUCCAAAUUUGCAUUACAACAAAACAUCAAAGUCAAAUAAAUUCUGUAUAACAGGGGAAGUGUAUCUCACACUUUUCCCUGGCAGAGCUAAUCUGUUGAGCACGUAAGGGCAUUUCAACCAACAAUACUAUCUGCCCGCUGAGAUUACAAAGCCUGGUGUGUUGCAAGGAAAUAAGAUGGAAAAGUAACAUAUAACAUAUAUCUGCACCAUAUGAACUUGUGACGCAAAGUUACACACAUAAUGCUCUCGUCAUUAACACAACACUAUGAGAACACACACCUUCACCUGUUUAACUAAAAUUAAACAAAUACUGUAUCUAGAAAUAAACGAGUGUUCUGGCAGAGCAAUACGAUCUAGUAGCAACUGCAGGCUACUGGGAAGCAACUUAACAGUUGCAGCAAAAUGAAGGACGCAUACAAGAAUGCAUUCAUGUUUUCAUCUAUUUAUAUAUGUUAUGCAAUACACCAUUCACACUCACAGUUGGAGCAAAUCAACGGCAUGCACUGCUAUUCACAUUAAUCUGCCACUGUACAAAGAUAAUGAGUUUAUACGUGGCGACAUUGAAUGUGUGCCCCCCAAGCGCCACGCCAGAAGUGAUGCAGGCUGCCUCUCGGUCGUGUGGUUGCAACCCAGCAAUUGAGAUGCUCAUUUUUGACACAUGUCUCACUUGUCCCCUCCAAACCCUGAACCCUCCCCAUCUCUCUUCAAUUGCCAUUGUUCAUUCACGACAAUGGAAGCUAACAAACUACAUGCACAGAAGCACAAUCCAGGUUUAAGCACUUGUUAUACUGUAUUUGCACAACUCUUGUACUUACUCGUAGCUCAGACAACAGCGCUAAGCCCCCGGGGUAAUGUAGUACUGCACAUAAACAUUUACCAACACAGCCCUAAAUAUACCUCAUACACUUAAUAAAUGCAUUUAAAUUAUAAAAUAUAUAGGUACUCAGUACUAAUGAUUGAUAGUGAUGAUUGAUGAUCAAUAGAUCAGAUGAAAUCAAAGUCACGGUCUUUAGGCUAGCGCUACAACCACGCUUUUAUCUAUGUGCUUCUAUCUCCGUCUAAACGGCGCUGCUUGCCUGUUGUUACUGUUCCAGUAACACCUUACGAUCACAUAUUAAAUUGUGUUGACCUCGUUUUAAGUUUUGAGGACAAACUUUAAGAAUUUUGACAGUCAAAGCUAGUGCUGCUGGAGCAACAUACACGGCGCCGCCAUCUUGCACUUAGGGAGCCCCGUAAGUACUGACUCCACAUCGUGAAAAAAAAAGAAGAAGCAUGUUAUAGUUAUGACAUAUUUAAAUAUUAUUACAGACUCUGGAUGAAUCAGGUGUGUUUUCUGCCAAAAAAACCUUAUCCUAUUUUCAGAGAGCGAGAGAAAAAAAAAAACUUGCAAAAAAUAUAUACUGUAUAUUUUUAAAUCCACGACUACGCUGGGGUCCACUGUAUAAUGAAUAUACUUGACAUAAACUUGUAUAAUAAACAGAUAAAUAUGUAAUAGAUGACCUAUAGCCUUAAAUAAUUAAAUCCAGGAUAGUUGGUAACAUUGUGAUUUCCUAUGCCAGGGGUCGGCAACCUGCAGCUCCAGAGCCGAAUGCGGCCUCCUUGCUCCCCUCGCCGAGCGCAGUAUUUUUUUUAACACCGAAGUAGGGCAAAUGUGCAUUUUUGAAAUGAAUGUGACAUAUCCGACUCACCUUAAGGUCAUUGAAUGCAUCUAGACUGCGUUCUGACUGCUGAUUGGAUGAGCAAGGGGCGGCAACGUAUGCGGUGAGUUUCAGUGAGUCUGAUAGUGUGCCACAGCAGCUGACUGUACACUCACCGCUCAGAACAGUAAGUGCUUUCACUUUCACGUCGCUAAAUAGCAAAAAAAUCUCCCAACGACGUCAGGAAAAGUCUCUGUAUUUGUCGCUAGUCGCUUUUGAGCAAAUAAGUCACCAAGAGGGUUUUAAGUUCCAAGUUGGCAACACAGAGCUGCACGUGAGGUGGGAAGCCAUUCACAUAUGGAGAAUACAUGAAAGAAUCGUUUAUAAAAAAACAUCAGGGCACCUGUUCUACGAAUUAAAAAAUAAGCGUGAAAUUAUUGAGAAAAUGAAAGAAUGCCUGUCUUUGUAAAGACAGUCAAGGACAGGACCAAUAGAAUGGUCAUUGAUGACAAAAUGGCUCUGUUGGUUGCCAACCCCUGCCCUAUACUUUGAAAACAUAGUUAAGUACUUUUGUACUUGUGUUUUACUUUUUAAAACUUACAUAAAAACCAUAUGCUCCCAUGAACUUGAAAACACAUCUACCUUUUAUUUGUGUAUUUUAUGUGAUUUGUGUGUAAAACAGACACAGUUGUUGUUCUAUUGCUGUCUAUUAAAAAGAGACAAUGUUAAACAGUCAAGUUAUUGUUGUGCAUUGUAAUUUAUUACAAAGAAAAGUUUGAAUUCUUGUGAUAUAUUUUGUAACCCUAUGAAUAUGCCUCUUACACUAAUUAAACACAUUUUACAAUAGAAAAUGUAUAUGUUGUCACCACAAAUCAAAAGUUGUGGUCCCAAAUGAAGCACUGUAGGCAUGUCCCAGGUAGAAUCCAGAGUUUAUUACGAAGCCGAGUUGUACAGCAAAGACAACUGAAUUUUCCAAGAAAAUAUCACCUUUGGUUAUUUUAAUUGCAUAUGCUGAUACACGUACUUUUUUACUUUAUUUUGUCUUUUAAUUGUUAAUCAUGAUCAUAAUCAGUAUAUAACACAGGACCAAUAUUUUAGUCAAUAGAAUAUUUGCAUUUAUUCAUACCGAAAGCAUAACUGGCUGAUUGUAAUACACUUUUUGUCCACAAGAUGGUCGUACAUCCCUGCUACUUCACCUCAAAACUCGCUUCAUGGAGCUGUGUUUUUCCAAAAUGAAGCACAAUGUGUCAUUAAUGUUAUUGUCUUCCUUUCUCUGUUUGCUGACCAGAAAUAAUACAGAAAAAGACAAAAACAUGUUGAAUAAGCAGGCAGGGGUAUUAUUAUUAUUUUAUUAUUAUUGGAACAAGCCUAGUGUUAUAGUUGUGUUUGUCCUCUCCACAGGUAGUUCAUGUGUUAGCAGUGGACAUGCGUCUUGUUACAUUUUCUAAGUACAGAGGAAAAAGCAGUUGAGCUUGAAAAACAGAUUGCAUGUGGGGGAGCACACAAUUUGUUUUUCAAACACAUUUUAUGAAAAAGUACCUCUAAAGUUAACCUAACUUAGAGAGGGGAUCUAUUUUAAUAGAAUUGGUUCUUUAGGCUUGGCAAGUGACUUAGAAAUUUUGUGAAUUUGCCACCAGGGUUAAUGUGUAAAAUGAAACAAUGAUUUGUUAGUAUUUAUAUGACCUAUUAUGCUCAACAUAGAACAGAGUGCUAGUCUUAUUUUCAUGUAACCGCGCUGCAAUUUUUUGUAGAGCCUGAUUGAUAUUAAAUUUUGAUCUUGCAUGCUCGGCACUCUGUCUUUUGUUUUUUAAUUGGCAUUGAAAUGCGUCCAAUUUUUACUGCCUUUCCCGUGCUCACUUAUUUUCUCACUUUUC